AUGGAAGCUACAUCUUCUAAAAGACCAAGACAAACCAAAUCAUCCGCCCGCCAUCGGAAGCCUAGAUCUCCAUCACCUCCAUCCAGAUCUCCCUCACCUCCAUCUAGGUCCCCAACACCCCCAGCCGACCCGUCUCAUUUUGGUGUCGUAUGUCUUGGCCCAGUUCAACAGGGCAAACUUGAGUCAUUCCUUAAACGAGGUCAUGCCAUCCAAAAAUUCGCGCAUGUUCCAACUUUGAAAGAGUUGCAUGUUUACAAUCAAGUCAAAACCCUGUUUCGCAACAUAGGGUGGCACGGCUUGUUGAGGGUCCAUGAAUUGAGCUAUAAAGUCCCAACAGCUGAGUUUCUAUCCUCAGUUUAUUUAGAUCAUGGGAUCCUCUACUUCCGUCUAAUGAAUCAAGACUAUGAGAUCUCCUUGGAUCAAAUCAAUGCCAUUGUGGGGGCCCCAACGGAAAACACAUUUGGCCCCACUGAUCCAAUCCAAGGAUACUAUGACAUGACUUGGUGGACCCAGCUCACCCAAUUACAUCCAUAUGUCUCUAGCGCUGCUAAAGCCUCAUCACUUAUCCAUCCUGUGAUUAAGGUAGCUCACAGAAUCAUUGCUUCGCUCGUCGCCCCUAGAGAGGAGCGAAGCACCAUUAGCGCGCUGGAACUUAAAAUCCUUUAUGCAAUGACCCAUCCCGAGAAUAACCUCAUUCCUCAUUAUGGUCGCAUGCUCGCCAAGAGCGCCCACAUCCGAGCCCCAUACCCCGGUCCCCACCAGCCACUGCCGGGUGAGCCUUAUCUCACCACCACUGUCCUUGAGUCCAUGCGACUCUUCCGCUCGGCAGGCGAUGGUACACACCAUUGGACCGUGGGUCAAAAUCAUGAUCCCAAGCUCCUCAUCACACCAGAAAAUAAAGGCAUUCUUGAUUUCCGAAAUCCCAUUCAUAUGACUGAUUGGCAAAUCAUUCCAUACAUCUUCCCCCACUCUUAUUCCACCGAGGUCGAUGAGCAAAGCGAAGAAAACGAGGAAGAUGGUGAUGAUGAUGAAGAAGAGGAGGAUCCUCACCAUGCUUCUCCCACCGGUGGUGGCAGCUCAUCUCAUUUUGCUGCACCCCCGCCUUAUCAUCAACAAUAUAUGGACGAAUUCCAAUCAAUCCAUACCCGCCUCGACACCUAUCAGCAGGAUAUUACCAGCCUGACCCAGAAUUUUUCCACCUUCACCACCCAGUACGCUCGGGAUCAAGAGCGUCAACGUAAACAUGAGGAGGACUUCUGGGCUUGGACCCGAAACCCCAGCUACUAUCCUCCUCCUCCACCUCCGUUUUAG